AGUGGGUCCAGAUUCCGGAGGCUGUCGUCCACCUCUUCCUCAGGGCAGCACGACUUUGAAAACGAGCUGGGUUGCUGCCCCUGGCUGACCGCCAUCUUCCAGCUGCACGAUGACCAGAUCCUGGGGUGGUGCGGCGAGGACGCCAUCCACUACCUGUCCUUCCAGAGACACGUCAUCUUCCUGCUGGGGGCCGUCAGCAUCCUGUCCCUCUGCGUCAUCCUGCCCGUCAACCUCUCGGGAGACCUGCUGGGUCUGUGGUCUUGGGCUGUGAUCUCCAGGUCUGUGGUCUCGGGCUGUGGUCUCCAGGGCUCCUCCCUUCCCAGGAACGCAUACAUCACCUGUGAGGUGGUUGAUGUACAGCUGUGCUAUAAUGUGGCCAAGCUGAUCUAUCUGUGCAGAGAGAGGAGGAAGACAGAGAAAAGCUUGACCUAUUACACAAACCUCCAGGCGCAGACCGGCCGGCCAGCACUCAUCAACCCCAAGACCUGCGGCCAGUUCUGCUGCUGUGAAGUGCGGGGGUGUGAAUGGAACCCAGUCAUCAGCCAGUUCUUCCCAACUCUCCUCCUCUGGGCCUUCUCUGCCCUCCUCCCGUCCAUUGUCUACUACUCCACGCUGCUGGAGUGCCACUGGACCAAGUCAGGAGAAAACCGGAUCAUGAUGACAAAGGUCUACAUAUUCCUGAUCUUCAUGGUGCUGAUCCUGCCCUCUCUGGGCCUCACCAGGUGCGUCUUCCUGCCGGACCAGGGCGCCUUCUUCGUGAACUACGUCAUCGCCUCGGCCUUCAUCGGCAAUGGCAUGGAGCUGCUGCGCCUGCCGGGCCUCGUCCUCUACACCGUCCGCAUGCUCAUGGCCAAGACGGCCGCCGACCGCAGGAACGUCAAGCAGAACCAGGCCUUCGAGUUCGAGUUCGGCGCCAUGUACGCGUGGAUGCUGUGCGUUGUCAGUGUCAUCAUGGCCUACAGCAUCACCUGCCCCAUCAUCGCGCCCUUCGGGGACGGGCGAGCGAGCCCACCGCCUUCCACGGAGCGGGCGGUGCGCGGCCGGGCCAGCGCGGGUUUGACGGCCGCUCUUUCUCGGAUUGGUGGGGGAGGCGGUGAGCGGGCUGGGUGCUUGUUCCCCGCACUAACGCUGUGUGUGCUGCAGCCCUACCUGCCCCGCAUCCUGAACAGUUUGGCCUCGGAGAAGACAGCGCUGUCUCUGCAUCAGCCGCAGACCUACGGCGCCGUCUGCAAUGACGGGGUGCUGCCCGGGCAUGGUGCUGUCCACAGCGUCGGAGGGCCGCUCCCUGGGCAGUGCUCGGCCCACAGCCCCGAGAGCCGCGCGGCAGGUGCCUACCAGGAGGCCUGAGGCUGGGGCAUGCACGAGG